AUGGAUCGCAACGUGUACGAAGCGUGCAGUGAUCUGAUAAGGAGCCACCACGGUGUGGCGAGUGCAGAUGAGGUUCUAGGGGAGAAAAUUGGGCACCAGGUACCCGUGCCCGUGCCGGCGGCCGAAGAGGUGGAGUUGGCGGCUAAAGCAGAGCUGGAAGCGGGCGACAACGUGCUCCCGCAUAUGGACCUGAAGGUGCUGCACUACUUCAUGACGCAGCUUGUGGUGCAGAAGUACGAGCACCUGGUGGGAUGCUUCGACGAGACGGCACUGGUGACCUUGGGGCUGAUUGUCGAAGAGUGGGUGCGCGAGUACCUACGGGCGGCAGGUGGGAGCGCAGGGCCCGGCCCUGCACUUGUGGUCAGCAAGGAGACGAACUACCGGCACUCUCCUGCGGAUAUAUAG